AAUACACAGAUUAUUGAUACUUGUAUCGUCUUUCCUCAAUGGCACAUCCGCUCACACACCUCCUUCGUCCUCUCCUUCUUUGCUAUCAUCGCCCUUGGGGUGUUCUACGAGUGGCUUCGCGCCUUCGCGAGGAGGGUGGAUAAGUCGGUUGCGAGGUCGAUCGUUUCUUCGGAUGCUGCCGCGAAGGGAAAGACUCGGGUGGUGAGUGGACGAAGGAGCCCCCCUCUGGGUCAUGCGCAUGGUGAUGAUGAUGCUGAUGAGGGUGCGGGUCUUUUGUCGGGUGUGUCGUUGAAUGGGAAGGCAGUGCCACCUUUUUCUCGUGCACUUCGAGCUGUAUUGUACGGCGCGACAGUAUUCCUGUCUUUCUUCCUCAUGUUGGUCUUCAUGACAUACAAUGCAUACCUUAUUCUUGCAGUCGUGCUCGGUGCCUCCCUAGGACAUUACUACUUGAACGCAAAUAUGGAUGCUGACGCUGUUUUGUUCGGUGGAAGCGGGAACGAUAAGGGGAUGGCUUGUCAUUAA